AUGGAGAAACGCCAUCCUUCGAACCAGGUCCAAAUGGGAGAAGAGGUAUUACCGUCUUGGAGCUGGUUGACCUAUCGAGGUAAUGUACAAAGCGAGAGCUGGGCAGCAGGCUGGAGCUACCUUGCCACUUCGCAACAUGAGGGUGGAUGGCAAGUGUUUCCAACAGUUCACUGGGAACACUCUGAAACAAAGGACAGUCCUCGGCAUCCCGCUUCUUCCCUCGAGACUCGUACACAUAUCCCUGAUAGCGAAAAUUGGAAAGAGUCAGACGGCCAUUAUAUCCACCCAUCUAUACCCGACACCGUUUUCUCCCGCCCAAUCCCCCUUCCCCGUCCUCACCAGCCACAACCAGCCGUCGCCCAACGAUCACGCUACCUUCACUGCACAUCCAAACACACCACCUGGACCCUCCACCCCAAAGCCUACCAUGCUUUCGCAGGUAACUGCGCCAUCCUUGCCCUUCUAGACCAGUCAGGAAACCUCGCCGGACAUCUCAGACUCAACACGUCGGAAUCAGACAUCCGCCACCACAUCCCCACCAACCCCGUCGACCUCAUCGAGCUCUCGAGAGGACAAGUGGAGCUGCAGCCUCAGUCACCCGGGUCUGCUCAAACCGAAAAGGAAGAACGCCUCGACAUGCUCCAGCGAGACUUGAGCUUCCCUUUCCCGGUGCCGUUGAUGGAAGAGUUGACAGCGCGCAAGGCAAAAGAGAAGGAGUUGGUGCUGCAUCCCCUUGCUGAUGUGUUUGAUGAGUGGUCACUUCCGCUUUGGCCAGAGGCGAGGAACAAGGGUCUUUAUGAGUUUUAUAAUGUCAUGUGGAUCAAGUGGUUGGAUGAGGGGGAAACUGUGGCGGAGAGAGUGGCUGUUGGGAGGAUAGAGAAAGGGGCUUGGGAGGGAAAAGAGACUGUGGUGAGGGCCGUAAUUAUUGCUUAG